AAAUUUUUAGUUUUUGAAGAAAAUCAGCAUCCUCAUAUUUCACAAAUGUUUGGUUUCAGCAUUCAACUCGGUCUGUUCAGCUAUUUUUGAGUACACAGAGCGCGCUCUGAACAUGUUCAGAACGAAAAAUGAGAUAAAAAGGAACACAAUUUUUUGACAGCUCAGGGGUCGAACUGCGGCAUACGUACGUUAACGUAUUGACGUUUUAUGUCUCUAUCAUUUUCUUCUGAUUAAAUAGAGAGAGCAAUAGUCAAAACGUUAACGAACGUAUGCCGUAGUUUGACUCCAGGGUUUCAUUUCUGAAUUAAUAAAGAAAAACACUAAUAACUGACAAAAGGAGUCAAAUGGGUAAAAAAAAGAAUUUAUUUAAUACUGGGAAAUAAAGAAAACAAAUCCAAUGUCUACGUGCCAAAUAAAAAUUGAGAUGACGUGGAAGUAUGAAAAACUAACAAAAUUAUUGUUAAUCACAAGCUCCAAAAAAAAUUUUAAAUAAUCCAACCACAAUUAAAAAAAUUAAACACAAACAAAAAAAUUAGAGUCACCCUGUCGUGCGUCGAUAAUACAGUUUGAAUCAACCCAUGAAUAAGAAGGACAAGAAUGACAGCAAAAGCUGUCAUUCGAGUCGAGUGAUAGAAUUAAAACGAGUGAUAGAAAGUAAACCAAAAUUUUUGCAUUUGAUUUUCCAUUUCCCAUGACCAUUUUUUGAAAAAAUAUUUUUCAAAAAAUGUUUGCAUUAAAAAGAAGCACCACUCGGUGUCAUUACCUGGGCCAAUCACUUGAACCAAAACGAUUCCUAUCUGCACAACCCCAACCAAAAUCAAAUUCUGAUGAAUACACAGACAAACCGGAAUAUCCCGAAAUCUUGGAACUUAGCCGCGAAGCACGCAUGAAACGUGAAAAACAAUCAUGGCAUGAACAAAUUAAAGCUGUCCCAACAAUUGAAGAGAAAUUGAUAAAGAUAAAUAUGCCAAGAUAUUAUGGAUUCAAGACAAUUAUGUUGAAUUCCGAAGAGAAUCCUUAUAAUUGUCUUCCACUUAAUCAACAUUAUACAAGGACAGUUUUCGAAGGUUAUGAAAAGUUACCAAAUACAGCGACAAAAGCCGAUGAAGCUAGUAAAACUCAAAUGGAAUCAUUUGUCAAAUCAGUUUCGGCAAAUAUUCAAGAUGCUAUUGAGUAUUCCAAUGAGUUUUUCAAGGAAAGAUAUGGUUAUGAUAGCUCAUUGUCUGCCCAACAAAAAGACAAGCUUUUAGGACAGAUUAUAGUCGAAAACCUCAACAGAACCCUCAUCAACUCUUUAAGCGCCGAUGCCGCUCAUUUGUCAGAAAUUGAAAUUGAUCUAAAUCCCAGACAUGAAGCAUUCUGGUCAGUUGGAGGAGUGAAUCCUUCAAAAGACGCUGUUAAGAGUAGAAAGGGUCGUGAUUGGCAAAAAGAUACUGUCUAUAUGCCAGUAGAAAGACUUGUCCAGUACACUGGUGAACCUUAUCUUGCUAUCAGACAUAGUUUGCCUUUGGCGCCUAUCAAGUCGAUUGAAGAGAGUAGUUCGGUGGAGCUUGCCAAGAAGAUACCUAUUUAUAAAUUUGAUGCCCGGACUUUGGGAUAUAAGACCAACUAUCGACAUGCUACAAAUAUUCCUGGUAAGUGGGGGUUUCCCUGAGGAAAGAUGUUAGAAUUUGAACAACUACACCUAAGACAAUUACUUUUCGUGACUAUGACAACGCUGACUAUGAAAGUUUUUGAAAGAAAGUGUUCUUUUAGAUUGGGAACAAAUUUUUAGAUUUGAUUGUAUUGAUCACGACUUGAUUCACGAACUAUUUACCUGCUAGGCUUUUUCUGAAAACAUAACAUAUCAAUUCAAAUUAAAAAACCCUUCAUUCUUUAACACAAUUACAAAAAACUUUCAUAGAAUUCAAAAUGUGAGAAAAAAGAUUUUUUAAGUAAGGCAAAAAAUCUCAGCUGAGCGCUGACUUUUUUUUCUGAGAUUUUCGAGACGAAAAUUUUUUGGAUUCAAUUUCAAAGUUUUCUUUCUCUUUCUUUAAUUUUAUUUGUUAUUGUUUUGAUGUUUGGUGGUGUGUAGUUAUAAAAGUGCUAAAAACAUGAAAAUUUAAAGAAAAUGUUAUUAUUUCGGGCUCACUUCACGAAAUAACUUAUUUUGAAAUACUUUUGUAUCACAAUUUAAUAUUUGAAGAAAAGUUGCAAUUGUGUGAUGUUGCAGUUGAAAAAAAAAAUUGGAUUCAUGUGAGGAACUUGUUCCACAGAAUUAUUUUGCUCUCUUUCAAAAUGACAUUGAGCCCUCAGAGAUUUUUUGUUGGUGGGACGCACCUAAUUUGUUUGCAAAAAAGUCAUAUUUUUAGAAGGCUACUGCGAAAAUUAGUACCUACCUUCUAAAAAUUUUUUUUUUUUUUUGUAAAACAAAUGGCGAACUGUCAAAUAGUUUUUUAAAGUUACAU